ACAGGAGUCUACACGCAAACGCCUCUCACCACUUCUCCGCCUGUCCUCCGUCAGGCCAACAGGGUUGAAACAUGAGCGCCUUUGUGACUCUCUCAACGGGGCAGAGGAUGCCGGUGGUCGGACUCGGCACCUGGAAGAGUGCUCCAGGACAGGUGAAGCAGGCGGUGCUGGCAGCUUUGGACUGUGGGUACAGACACAUUGACUGUGCCGCCGCAUACAGCAACGAACAGGAGGUGGGAGAGGCACUGGCCUGCAGGGUCGGCCCUGGGAAGGCGCUGCGUCGAGAGGACCUGUUCAUAACAUCCAAACUGUGGAACACCAAACACCACCCGGAGGAUGUUGAGGAAGCGUGCAGGACCAGCUUGGCCCACCUGGGUCUAUCCUUCUUGGACCUGUACCUCAUGCACUGGCCCAUGGCGUUUCAGCGCGGGAAGGAGCUGAUGCCCCGGCGAGAAGAUGGCAGUAUUUGUUACUCUGACGUGCACUACAGAGAUACCUGGGCAGCCAUGGAGAGCCUGGUGGACAAAGGUCUGGUCAAAGCUAUAGGACUGUCCAACUUCAACGCCCGGCAGACUGAUGACAUCAUCACCACGGCCAGACACAAACCUGUGGUGAACCAGGUGGAAUGCCAUCCUUAUUUGUCUCAAACGGAUCUCGUGUCUCACUGUCGGUCGGUAGCGGUUUGUGUGACAGCCUACAGUCCUCUGGGCAGCGGGGACAGACCCUGGGCCUGUCCUGAUGAACCGAGCGUGCUACAGGACCCUGCCCUGGUUGCCAUGGCAAAGAGACAUCAGAGAACACCCGCCCAGCUCAUACUCAGGUGGAACGUUCAGAGGGGCGUUGUGUGCAUUCCAAAGAGCGUGACGCCCUCCAGGAUCCGGGAGAACUUGCAGGUGUUUGACUUUUCUCUGUCAGAAGACGACAUGAAGCUCAUGGAAACACUCAACCGCAACGAGCGCUUCAUCAUUCCAACAGUCGAGAAGAACGGCAAGAGAGUGUGGAGGGAUGCAGAGCACCCACAUUUUCCCUUCAACGAUCCUUACUAGUCUAUCAAGGAAUGCAAUUUAUCUGAAGAUUGUCACACGGAAGAAAACAAAUAUGAAAUAUGCUCAAUGCCUUUUCCUUUUGUUGCUGCUGUAUUGAUUUAAUAUUGGAGACUUGAAUAGUUGGUCUUUCUACAAAUUGAACCACUUUUCAGACAUUGCAGAGAGAAUACGUUACAAGACUAAUACCAUCGUCAGUAUGAAACUGCCUUUAAGCCAAAACAGUCAAUUGUCUUUGUUUCUACUGUGAUACGAAUAAAUAAAUCUUUAAAUCCAACCAAAUGUACGAGAAUUCAAAUAAAAAAAAGUUUCAAAC